AUUUUUAUUUUCGAUUGGGUUUAAAUCCGAAAAGGCCUCAAUUGAAAAUUAAAAAACUAGUAAUUUUGAGGUUAUGUUUCCUCCAUGUUAAACAUCAAAAAGAAAAUAUUUAUUGUUAGUUUAGCGCUAAGCACAAGUAGUUAUGUUUCUCUUCGUGCUAUUGCCUGUUAUGAUAGUAACAGGAAUUUACAAAUUAAUUGUUAAAAAUAACCGAAAAUCCAUUGAAGGUAAACAUGUAGUGGUGACAGGGGGGUCCAGCGGCAUUGGGAAAGCUGUUGCCGUUAUGGCAGCCAAAGAAGGGGCUAACGUGACCAUCCUGGCAAGAAAUUUGGAGAAACUUACUGAAGCAGAGGAGGAAAUCAAAAAAGCAUGUAUCAACAACGAUCAAAUCAUAUCCAAAGUAUCAGUUGAUGUAUCUAACUACGAAGCAGUCGAAAACAACCUAUGUGAAAUUGAGGAAACCGUAGCCCCGAUUUACAUGCUUAUUAACUGUGCUGGAAUGGCUAUAUGUGGUGUUGUUGAAGAAUACACAAUAGCAGACAUAAAAAAAAUUAUUGAUGUUAACUAUUUGGGCACAUUAUACCCCAUCAAAGCCAUCAUACCCAAGUUCAAAGAACGUAAAGAAGGAAUUGUCGUAUUAACCGCAUCUCAAGUAGCCCUAAUGGGGAUGUAUGGUUACUCUGUGUACUCCUCAGUUAAAUUUGCUUUAAGGGGCCUCGCUGAGUCUCUGUAUCAAGAGGUUAAACCCUAUGGAAUUGGGGUAACAUUGUCUUUACCACCAGAUACUGAUACUCCUGGAUUUGAGAAUGAAAAUAAAAGCAAACCUCUGGAAACUAAGCUGCUUUCGGAAAAUGGAGGACUACAUCAGCCUGAAACUGUUGCCAAAAAAUUACUUGAUGACGCAUUGACGGGAAAAUUCUUUAGCUACAUUGGAUUUGAGAGUUUUAUAUUGACAACUCUGUGUGUUGGAAUGAGCCCCAUUAUGUCAGUAUUUGACACAAUCCUACAAAUUAUAAUCCUGGGACCACUGCGCGCUAUUGGCUGCUUCUACAUAAACAAGUUUGAUAAAAUUAUUCUUGAUUGCUACAAGGAAAAAUCGUUGACGAAAAAAAGUCAAUGAACAUACUAUAUACGCAUUUAUUGUUAGUAGAUUUAGUUUAUUAUUGUGGUAUUAGUGGAGUUUUCAAAAUAAUUUCUUGUUGAUUUAUUUUUAUUUAUUAUUAUUGAAGACUCUACUAACUAGUUGUAGUAAUUAUUAAUAUUUUCCAAAGGAUUGGACUAGUCCAAAGAUUUUAUUCUAUAGACCAUCCCUUUGCAUAUACAGGGUGUUAUUUAAAUUUAAAAUAAUCUACCUCACUUAUUUGUUUCCUUCUCGAGUAAAUCGUGUUUAUAACAUCCUGUAUAAAUUUAUUUUAAUGAUUAAUGAGUAUUAGGUCAGUUUCAGAUAGGUUAAUUACUUGCAAUAUUGUUUGCAUGAAUAAUGUUAUUUAAUUUAUACUGUGCUGUUACCUCAUGUCAAAAUCAGGGUUGUACAAAAAGUAUUUUCUUUGUGCCAUUUCUAAUUCAGCAACCCUGUUCUUUUGUGAAUAAUAUUUUGGGUAUUGCAUUUAAUUAAGGACAUUAUUGUCUUGUGAUAAUUAUUUUUUCACUUUUACAUCUUCAAAAGCAUCACUUGACUUUUCAAUUGUAUUAGACUUGAAUAAAAUAUUUAUUUUAAGAGAA